AUGAUCUGGCUUUUGCUCCUAGGCUUAGUUGAGUCAGUAGUUUUUAAUGAAAAGAAGGUGUUUGAUCAGGACUUCUACGGUGGAAUCUGGCUCAACCAGGAAUAUGAAUAUUUGAGAUUCGAGGAUGUUUCCAGCUACGGAGGAUUGUACAGGAAAAAGUACAACUUGGACAAGGAUAAACUCAACGCCAAAGACGUAUGGAAUGAAGGGCUCGGCAACCUGUGA